AUGGCUGAUGUUUCAAGAAAAAGAUUGGCAGCAGAUAUGUAUUUACCCGACGAGUGUUGGGAGUCUGUGUUCCAAUUCCUCAAUGAGAACAACUACGGUGGCCAGAGUUACUUGGAACAUCUCUCCCUCGUUUCCAAGCAGUUCCUCUCCAUCACCAACCGUCUCCGAUCAUCCCUCACUCUCCGUGGUCUUCUUUUCCUCGAUAGCUUCCGUCUUCCUUUCCUUGCUCGUCUCCUCCACAGGUUUCCGGCCCUCACAUCCCUCGACCUCACGCAAAUUCACUGUGACCUCAACGACCUUCUCAGCAAAAUAUCACAUUUUUCUUUAGAUCUCGUAUCGCUAAACCUCUCCAACGGAUCAUCCGCCAUUCCCGACAAUGGGUUGCAAGCUUUGAACGGAAAUAUGAAGAAAACUUUGACCUCUCUCAAAUGCUUUGACAUGGUUCCUUCUAGAAACAAGGACUUGUUACUCACUCUCAAUUGUUUUCCUUUCCUCCAAGAAGUCGACCUUAGUUCCCCGAGAGGUAUACUUCAGGUUGAGGUAAGGAAAUUUGUCUCGGCCCUUCCCAACCUACGUAAGAUUAAUCUCUCCGGUACUUUCAUGUCAGAUACAUCACUUUUAUAUUUAUGCAAGAAUUGCAAGUUUCUCGAAGAGAUCGUGAUUAUUCGCUGUUGUGUUAUAACUGUUUUCGGAGUUGCUUCUGCCAUCCGUGAAAGACCAGGUUUGAGGUGUUUGUCUGUUAGCAUGUUACGGUCAUUAAAAAAAUUUGAAUUACAAAACCCUAGUGCCCUUUUAAGUGCCUCCUUGUUCAGUUUGAAGGGUUUGACUUAUCUUGAUUUCUCGUUUUCGUAUACCCCGGAUAAGCUCUUCUUCUCUCUCGCAGAGAAAGGACUUCCUUUGAGGAGUCUUGUUCUCAAAGAUUGCUUUGGUUAUAGUUAUACUGGAAUCUUUCGCUUGUUAUCCAAGUGUCAAUUAUUACAACAUUUAGAUCUUCAACUGACUGAGUUUUUGAAUGAUCAACAUGUUGCUAAGUUAUCUUUGCUUCUUGGUGAUUUGAUUUCUAUAAACGUUAGUUUUUGUAAGCAGCUAACAGAAACAACUUUGUUUGAGCUAGUUAAAAACUGUCCUUUACUCGCUGAUAUCAAUAUGGAGGAGACUAGUAUUGGGAAAACAGGUUGGGAGAAUCCAAAUUCUUCGAUGGAUUUGGUUGUAAGCCCUCGAGUGAAGUCUCUUCGUUUGAAGGGCAAUGCAUGGUUGAGGGACAAAAGCAUCCAAAUGUUCGCUGAUUUUUUUCCGAAUUUGGAGCUACUUGAUUUGAGCUCUUGUUAUUGCGUAUUUGUUGGUGUUGGUGAAGUUUUAAGGAGAAGCGAUAAGAUUAGACAUUUGAGUUUAGCCUCCUCCUUCGGAGCCAAGCUACUUGAGAUGAACCUUGAAGUUCCCAAAUUAGAGGUAUUGAACUUGUCCCGGUCCGCGACCGAUGAUGAAGCACUAUAUGCAAUCUCAAAGAGUUGUUGUGGUCUAUUGCAAUUGGACCUGGAAAAUUGUAAUGAUGUUACAGAGAAGGGAGUGAGGCAAGUGGUAGCAAAAUGCACAAAGUUGAGAGAGAUCAAUUUGAGGGAUUGUCAAAAUGUGGCUGGUAAUGUUGUUUCUGAGAUGGUACUUUCAAGGCCAUCAUUAAGAAAGAUAACAAUUCCUCCUUUUUAUCAUCCUAGUGAUCAUGAAAGGGAACUCUUCUUGCAUCAUGGAUGCCUUGUUUUCUAG